AUGAAUGAGGGCCAGUUGAGCAAUGGUCAGAUCAGUGGGCUUGGGACUGUACUGGAGAAGAAAUGUGGGGUUGUGGAAGAGAAGCAGGAAGAUGUUGGCUAUGAUCCCAAUGACAAUUUGAGAAGAAAAGACAUGUCUUACAUUAAUAAAAAGACAUGUAUCCAUGAUUCCUUACCCCAAAAGAUGAGGAAAAGCAAGAAACUGAAUCGUAUUAUACACUUAAGAAACACCUUUUACUCUGAACUUGGAAUUGGGAUCUUGGCCAACACCAUCCUUUUUCUGUUCCAUCUCAUCAAGUUCCUCUUUGACAAAAGAAUCAAGAACACUGACUUGAUCAUUGGUCUCUUGGCCCUAAUCCACCUACUGAUGCUGCUCGCCAUGGGGUUCAUAGCUACAGACAUUCUUACAUCUCAGCAGGGUCUUUGGGAUGACAUCUCAUGUAAAUCAGUUUUCUACUUGUACAGGUUGAUGAGGGGCCUCUCCAUUUCAACCUCCUGCCUGCUGAGCGUCCUCCAGGCCAUCACUCUCAGUCCAAGAAACUCCUGUUUGGCAAAGUUCAAACCUAAAUCCCCACAUCAUACCCUGAGAUCUCUUCUUUUCCUGUGGGUCUUCUAUGUGUCAUUUAGUGCUCACUUCUCCAUCUCCACAGUUGACAAGUCCAAUGUGACCUCACAAGGACUUAUAUUUCUCAGUGAUUCCUGCACUGUCUUACCCAUGGGCUACUUCCUCAGCCAUUUAUUUUCCACACUGGGUAUAUUUCGGGAUGUCUUUCUUAUAGGACUUAUGGCACUUUUGAGUGGGUAUAUGGUGAUUCUCUUGUGCAGGCAUAAAAGGCAGGGCCAGCACCUUCACAGCAUCAGCCUGUCUCCAAAAGCCUCCCCAGAACAGAGGGCCACCAGGACCAUCCUGCUGCUGAUGAGUUUCUUCAUGCUCAUGUACUGUUUGGACUGCAUCUUCUUCUACUUCAGAACAAUGCAGAACAAUGGUACUGUUUUUCAUUCUAUCUCAAUGAUGGUGGCCAAUGGCUAUGCCACAAUCAGUCCUUUCAUUUUCAUUUGUACUGCAAAGCAAUGUAGUAACUUUUUGAAAAACUUUUUGGGAAGGACAGUGAAAGUGUUAUCAUUGUAUGAUGCAUAA